AAGGUAGUAUGUGCCUGCAGUGCGUGGUCGUGAUUGUCCCCGUAUUCCUGUCAUAGAUCCUGCUGCCGCCGUCGAUAUCGCCUUGCACGCCACACACAGCCUCCGCCUCUAACGCCCUCCGGAUUGCAAGUCGCUACCGCCCACCGCCUCUACUCGUGUCUGCUGCACGUCAUUGGUCGAGUUUGAAAGGGCAAGAACCCCUCGACAGCUCUACAUCACAACAACCGAUCGACCCCCCACCUACAUCGAUCCCGCCGCCCCGCAACCAUGGAUACCAAUAUGGAGGACGUCAAGAUGCCAGAGCCCAUGCAGCUGUCGUCUGCCCCCACGUCUGAGCCGACCACAAUCCCCACGCUGGACGGCUGGAUUGAGAGUCUCAUGAGCUGCAAGCAGCUGGCCGAGAGCGACGUGCAGAGACUAUGCGACAAGGCUCGCGAGGUACUUCAGGACGAGUCCAAUGUACAACCAGUGAAAUGCCCCGUCACUGUCUGCGGUGAUAUACACGGCCAGUUCCAUGACUUGAUGGAGUUGUUCAAGAUUGGUGGCCCCAACCCGGACACCAACUACCUCUUCAUGGGCGACUAUGUCGACAGAGGCUACUUCUCCGUCGAGACCGUCACCCUCCUAGUCGCACUCAAGAUUCGAUACCCCCAGCGCAUCACCAUUCUCCGUGGCAACCACGAGUCCCGCCAGAUCACUCAAGUAUACGGAUUCUACGACGAGUGUCUCCGCAAGUACGGCAAUGCCAACGUCUGGAAAUACUUCACAGACCUAUUCGACUACCUGCCGCUUACCGCCCUGAUCGACAACCAGAUCUUCUGUCUGCACGGUGGUCUCUCCCCUAGCAUCGACACCCUUGACAACAUCAGGGCGCUCGACCGCAUACAAGAGGUACCUCACGAAGGACCAAUGUGCGACCUGCUCUGGUCCGACCCAGACGACAGGUGCGGCUGGGGAAUCUCACCCCGUGGUGCCGGAUACACCUUCGGUCAAGACAUCUCGGAGGCCUUCAACCACAACAACGGCUUGACGCUGGUGGCACGUGCUCAUCAGCUAGUCAUGGAGGGGUAUAAUUGGUCGCAAGAUAGGAAUGUCGUUACCAUAUUCUCGGCACCGAACUACUGCUACAGGUGCGGUAACCAGGCCGCUAUCAUGGAGAUCGACGAGCAUCUAAAAUAUACCUUCUUGCAAUUCGAUCCUUGCCCGCGCGCUGGCGAACCUAUGGUGUCACGAAGGACCCCGGAUUACUUCCUCUAAGCGACUCUUCCUUUGGCUCCCACCGCUAUCUCAGCACAGCGUUACAUUUGGAAGUCAUCACUGAAUACACUGUGUACGAUUGCAUUCCUGGUCACCCGAGCCGUCAUGAGAAGCGACGGGAGACGCGUGGUAACGACGUGCUCGCUUGAAAUGAGGCUAUCAUUGUCUACAAGGCCCCAAGAAGCCGUACUAGAGACACGUGGCAAUGUUGCAACAGGUGGUGAUGUAGCUAGUGCGCAGACUGAUAAUGGUAGAGAGUUAACGGUAGUGCUCCUUACUCCUGUAUGUGCUAUGGUGAAUAUGUGUGUUGUUCGUGAUGCACUCCUGCAAUUUAGCAGUC